UUAGGAGAUGCUCCCUUCCAAUCCCCUGCCUCUGAAAAAGUGAAGAGAUCCGCAAUAGUCGCCCAUGUUGGUUUAUUGACAUGUUAGGGAGUUAUGAAUGGGAUGACCCGAAGGAAGAUGUUAGGGUUUUGAAACAGAAGAUGUCAAGCACGUCAUACCUCGAGAUCCCAUCAGGGCGCCCUUUACGUCAUUGCUCUGAAGAGGAAUCAAAAUGAGCUCAUCUGGAUACGGAACGAUCUCAGAAGAGGAGCCGGAAGAAGCGUCGUCGUCAAACAAAGAGUUCCUGCAGCGGGCAAAAGAGCAGCUCCAAACAAUUGUGGGCACAGCAAAACCAUGGAAGGACAUGAUGCAUCCUUCUCGCCUCGCACGGCCAUUCUCCUUCUUCAACUCCGUCCAGAGAAUGAAGAGGAAUGCGCGUGUUUUCCGCACGAACUACGUGGUGGUGAUAUUGUUCAUGGUGUUGCUCACUUUGCUGUGGCACCCCCUCUGCGUCAUCAUAUACUGCGCAUUGAUGGCGGCAUGGAUGGUGCUGUAUUUGGUGCGAGAUAACCCCCCGAGGGCUUGUGGGUAUGAGAUUGACGAGAGAUUGGUGGCGGUGUUGCUGCUAAUUGUGACAGUGGGAUUGGUAUGUCUGAGCAACGUGACAGAUAACAUAUUAGUGGGAGUGGGCGUCGGGGUGUUGAUUGUGUUAGUUCAUGCUGUUCUGAGAGAGACAGAGGAGGAUGAAGAAGAUGAAGCAGGCAUUCGUCUGAGACACGCUGCUUCCUCUUCUUUCACUACCUAAUUGAACUCUA